AUGACAGCGAUGACCCAGACGAGCCGCUACAGAGAGGCUGCUCUCUCGCGAGAGCAUAUCGAGGCUUUGAUCGCCGACGGCAGGAAGGUGGUCAUUGUCCACAACCGAGUAUUCAAAACGGAUGCCUGGCUGCCAUUCCACCCUGGGGGUGACAAGGCCAUACUGCACAUGGUUGGAAGGGAUGCUACGAGUGAAGUCAGAGCCUUCCACUCUUUGGAGACACAGCAAUCCAUGCAGAAAUACCAGAUUGGACGUAUCGUGGAGCCAUGGGUGGAUUUUGUGCCUCCGAUACAGGGUGGAACAUUCAGAAGGAAGGAUGAGAUAGAGACCGCCACAAAGAAUCCGACCGUAGAAGAGAUGGGUAGAGAGGACUCGUCGGAAGAAGAGCGGUCCGCAGAACCCUCGCCUAUUUUUGAUGCGUCAGAACAUCGCACUUCCUCAUUUAGGCGGCGACGAGGAAGUGCUGGAGCUGCGAGCGGGUCCUCUGCCACCUCCCUGGACAGUCUUGACCUGCAUGAGCCGGCUCUGCCCAAAGGAGACAAAGAUGGCUCCUGGGAUGCCGACAGACAAGCCCAGAAGGACAUCGACCACGACCUCGAAAUCUUCCCCAGCCUCGACCCAUCGACUCAAUCCAACAUCAUAACCAAAUACCGCGCACUGGACGCCCGCGUCCACGCCGCCGGCCUCUACAACUGCAAUUACGCCGCCUACGCCAUUGAAUGCGUCCGCUACGUCUCCCUUGCCCUUCUCUGCAACUACACUCUCCGCCAUGAGUACUACAUCCUUUCCGCCCUCUGCCUCGGCGCCCUCUGGCACCAGCUCGUCUUCACAGUCCACGAUGCAGGCCAUAUGGGCAUCACCCACGGGUUCCACGCCGACACCAUAAUCGGCAUCCUCAUCGCCAACUUCGCCGGUGGGCUCUCCGUUUGCUGGUGGAAGCGAAACCACAACGUCCAUCACAUCGUAACGAACUCUCCCGAGCACGACCCAGACAUCCAACACAUGCCAUUCUUCGCCAUCUCCACCGCCUUCUUCGACUCUUUACGAAGCACGUAUUACGACCGCAUCAUGACCUACGACCCGUUCGCCAAACUCGCCUUGCGAUACCAACACUACCUCUACUACCCCAUCCUCACCCUCGGUCGCUUCAACCUCUACCUCCUCAGCUGGCAAUACAUCUUGCUCGGCCAAGGCCCCCGCAAAGGACCUGCUUGGUGGCAUCGCUACCUCGAGCUCGCGGGCCAAGUCUUCUUCUGGUACUGGUUUGGGUACCGACUGCUCUACCUCUCUCUCCCCGAUACCUCCACUCGCCUAGCCUACCUCUUCAUCAGCCACGCAAUCACCAUGCCCGUGCACGUCCAAAUCACGCUCUCGCACUUCGCAAUGUCCACCGCUGACCUCGGUGUCGCCGAAUCGUUUCCGCAACGCAUGCUCCGCACGACCAUGGACGUGGACUGCCCGGCGUGGCUGGACUGGUUUCACGGAGGUCUACAGUUCCAAGCGGUGCAUCAUCUGUUCCCAAGGAUGCCGAGGCAUAAUCUGCGCGAGUGUCAAAAGCUGGUUAGGCAAUUUUGUGAGGAGGUUGAAAUUCCGUAUGCGAUUUACGGGUUUCAGGAGGGGAAUGGGAAGGUGAUUGGCAGGUUGGGGGAGGUGGCGAGGCAGGCGAGGGUACUUGCGGAGGCACAGAAGGUGGCGAGUAAGGAUUUGAUAGAGGGGCAUUAA